UUCGAAAAGUGAUUUUCUUAACGUUAAACAAAUGGGUAAAAAACCUUUUAUUGAUCGUAAGAACGCUAAGCACUAUCAACUAGUACAUAGGUCUCAACGUGAUCCCCUUAUAAAUGAUACGGAUGCCUCUUCGAGAGUUUUGCUAGAAAUUACACCGUCGAAUUUACGGAAUAAAAUUAAUGAAACCACUGAAGACGUAACCCAGUCUAAAAUAGAGAGUCUUGUUGGCCAAGCAGCACUUUAUGGGGUAUAUUUUGAUGAUACCGAUUAUGAUUAUACGCAACAUUUGAGGCCGAUCGGUGUUAAUCACGGUGCUGUGUUUGUUGAAGCUCCUUCGAGGAAAGAAAAAGGAAAAAAGAAAGGCUUAGAAUUUCGGACAUCGAGUCCUAAAAAAGAUCAAAAGAUAACAAUUGAAUUGCCACCUGAAGUUCUCCCAUCACGGGAAGAAAUUCCUGUUGAAUACUUUGAUCGAUCGGCCAUUCCGGAGGAUAUCCAAGGAUUCCAACCUGACAUGGAUCCUCGACUUCGAGAAACGCUGGAAGCACUUGAAGAUGAAGCGUAUAUUCAAAAUGAUCUCAAUGAUGAUUUUUUCGCUGCUUUAAAUGCUGAUGACGGAGAGGAAUCUUUUGAAGAAAGCGAAGAUGAAAUGGCACCAGAUUCGAGAGAUUGGGAAAAAGAAUUCAAGAGCUUCCAGAGAGUACAAAGAUUGAAAUGUCUUAAGGAUGAAGAAGGAGAAAAUAGUAAAUCCGAAGAUGAUAUAAAAUCACGGACAAGAUAUUCGAUGUCAAGUUCGGCAAUGUUUAGAAAUGAGAAAUUGACUUUACUAGAUGAGCAAUUCGCAAAGGUUUUUCUCGAAAUUCCUACGAGUUCACGCCGUCAAGAUUUUGAUCAAAUUAUGGAAGAGUUUCUUGAUAAAUACGAGAUAGUAGGUCGCAAAAUGGUUCCGAAAUUAGAAGGUGAUUCUGUAGUCGAUAAAUUGGAGACAAUUCGACGUGGACUAGGACAAGUGAAUAUCGAGGAUGAAACACAAAAUUGUGGUAAAAGUAAAGUGCGGGUUAACAACAGUGUUAGUGAAGUUCUUGAUACGUCCAAGGAAAGUAAACGCACAAGAGAGACGUGGGAUUGCGAGUCUAUUUUGAGCACUUAUUCUAAUUUGGAAAACCAUCCGAAGAUUAUCCGUGACAAUGAAAUACCACGAUUUAAAGUCAGCAUGGAUCGAAAGACAAAAAUGCCGAUAAUUGUCAAACGAUGUAAAAUAGAAGACAAUGGUCAAACUCAAAAUGAAAGUUUCUCUGUCAAUAAAACAACUUCGUCUGAAAAUAUAAUCGAAGAAAAUACU